AUGGCGAGGGAGAAGAUUCAGAUUAGGAAGAUCGACAACGCUACCGCGAGGCAGGUUACUUUCUCCAAGCGUCGCAGAGGGCUCUUCAAGAAAGCUGAGGAGCUUUCGGUUCUCUGUGAUGCUGAUGUUGCCCUCAUAAUUUUCUCUUCUACUGGGAAACUCUUCGAGUACUCAAACUCAAGCAUGAAGGAGAUACUUGAAAGGCAUCAUUUGCACUCAAAGAACCUAGCAAGGAUGGAACAACCAUCUCUCGAGUUGCAGCUAGUUGAAAACAGCAACUGUUCCAGAUUGAGCAAGGAAGUUGCCGAGAAGAGCCAUCGACUAAGACAACUGAGAGGAGAGGAUCUUCAAGGUUUAAACAUAGAAGAAUUGCAACAACUGGAGAGGUCCCUAGAAACUGGAUUGAGUCGUGUAAUAGAAAAGAAGGGAGAGAAAAUUAUGAACGAGAUCGCUGAUCUACAAAGAAAUGGGAUGUUAUUGAUGGAAGAGAACGAGCGACUAAAACGUCACGUGGCGGGCGUAGUUAACGGUGAAAAGCAUGGUGGUGCCGAAUCUGAGAGCUUUGUUAUGGAUGAAGGUCAGUCCUCAGAGUCGGUCACGUACGUUUGCAAUAAUUCUACUGGACCUCCUCCGGAAUAUGAAAGCUCAGAUACCUCCCUCAAAUUGGGGCUACCUUACUCCGGUUGA